AUGCUCUCCUUCAACCAAUCCAACUUCCCCACAGCACCAUAUCCCGAUACCACAGCCGCAGCUCUCUUUCACUUAACUCCCACAAGCACCGCGGAAGGGUAUCAAUCCCAAUUACAACAAUCCCAGACCCUCCCAAUAAACACCCUCCCUCUACCCAUGAUACUCCAAGACGACAUGACGGGUCUAGACUUCUCGAACCCAUCGGUUCAAGAAUACAUCAUCAAUAACGACGUCCUUGAUUCUCUCGCUCAAGAGGUAGCUCUAGCAGACAACCCAUCGUCGUCUUCAUCCUCAUCAUCGUCAUCAGCUUCAAUGGCUACAAAUUUAAAUCUUCAGAAUAUAAAUACUACAGCUGAAUUGUUGAUAAACACCCCACUAAUCAUUUCUCAAACCCCAUCACAAAUUUCGACGACGACGACGACAGCGGGGUUACAGAAUGGUACUAGUAUUCUCAAUGGAACAUGUGGUAACACCGGUGGGGUUAUUGGAAUCGGUAAUAGCACUUUAGACGUCCAAGUCGACCAGUUUUCAACAAUGCAGGAAGAAACUACUUUAUCGCUCGGGGUUAUGGCACACCUUGAGAAUUUAGAGAAACAAAUUGCCGAAAUGAGGAGAUUUGUAAGCGCUGGAUUUGCAAAGAAGGAUCAUGUUAGGGGGCUUGAUGUUGAGAGACAACGUCUCCACUCCCGCAACUACAACUUCCAAAAUGUAACGGAAAUAAACGAACCAUUCCAAAUAUUACUAAACUCCAACGGUACCUUUCCAAGUCGAUGUCCGGUCAAUGGGGUCGAAUUGAAGAGUUUGAACCAUGAGGAAAUGGAUGCUCUAUUGGAUGAAUAUGACUUACCGUUUAGCCCCGCCUUGUUUUUACAUGAAAAGCAGUUGAUGUAUUUGAGGUUUAUUGGCACGAAUAGGGCAGUUAUGCAUCGGGUUGUUGAUUGA